UUGUGAAGCUCCUUGUGAUUUUUAUCUUGAGAGGCGCUGUUAUAGAUAUUUUAUGUUUUAUUAUUUCUUGAUCAUCCUAAAUGUGUUACUCUAUGCCUGAAAGCAUUCUCAUUCAUUCAGACCCCCCCCCCCCACACACACACACACACACCUUCUGUUCCUUUCUUAUCUCAUGUUAUAAAUAAACUUGAAGGGCUGAUGUUCUUUACAGUGUAAGCCUCAACCCUUUGCUUGAGCACCUGCCCUGAUUUGCAAACAGUAACUUGUGUGGUUAUUUGUCUCUCUUUUCUCUUUGCUGCAGGUAUUAGGUGAUUAGGAAAAUCCCUAACGUGCGCUAGAGAAAAGAUCGUUUUCUUUUUUUUUUCUUUUUAGUGUCUCAUGUUUGUUUUUACUGAUGUUGACACGUCAACAACAACGGCUGUCCUCUAUUGUUUAUCCACCACCGCAAUGUCCGAUUUGUUCGCCAACACCAUUUUACCGUUCUGGCCUGCAGGCGCUUGGCUCUCUUGUUCUCAAUCUCUUUAAGGGGUGUUACCCACUUUGAUCUUGGGGCUCCAUAUAUAUAUAUUUAUACUCAUAUAUAUUAUUGCUCACUUUUGGAACCUCAUUGGUGGAGAUGAACAUGCUGUUAUUGUCUGCUUUCCGCAUGCUGGGUUGUGAUUUAAAUACAUUUGCGUCAAGAAAGUUUCGGACAGCUGCUACGAAAGCAGGUACUCAGCAGUUUCUCUAGUUGCUUUACCCUGCAUAUGUCAUCAACGUGUUCUCAGGCCUUUUGGAUGUAGCUGGUUACUGUUUAUACAUAAACAAAGUGACUUCAGCCUUUUACACAGUAAAGCAGAUCCAACAAACUCAGUAAUGAGGUGUUUGGUAGUUCUGUCACUCUCAGCAAGGAGAUCAGCUCACUUCGUGAUUUUGGCUCGGUGGGGAGUUUUCCACUUCAUGGUGCAUUUGCAUGCAGAAAAAAAAAGAUGAAGGGUCAGAGGGUAUGUAUGUUCAUUAGCCUCACCUUUGAUGCCGGUGCCCACUUCCACGUGCAUUUAAACACUGAGGGGUGGGGUGGGGGGAUGGAGAUGGUGUAUUGUAUUAAAUUCACCAUGAAUUGUUAUAACCAUGUGCUUUUCUGUAAACACCAUAACUAGUCAGUGGUCACCUUUAAUAAGACCUCCAGUUGAUCCACCUCUUGCUCUUCAGCUUAUUCCCUUGCUUGUAUCGUUUCUGUAUAUUCAAGCCCCUUUGUUUGCCCUCAUGGGCAGCAGUAGCUCAGGAGGUAGAGCGGGUUUACCAGUAAUCGAAAGGUUGUAAGCUUGAUAUUGGUUCCUGCCAGAGAAUGCUCAUUGUGUCCUUGAGCAAGACACUAAACCAGCCUUGCCAGCUGGUUGUGGUCAGAGGGACCAGUGGCGCCAGUGCUCGGUAGUCUUGCUUCCGUCAGUACACCCCAGGACAGCUGUGGCUACAUGGUAGAUUAUCAUCACUAGAGUGUGAAUGGGUCGAUGACUGAUUGCAUUGUGAAGCGCCUUGGGGAUGGGGGUUGUGGAACCACAAGAAGCGCUGUACACAGGUGUGCACAUAAGUGGUCCGCAGGUGCGCAUGCGCUGUCAAAAUAAACAAUGCGCACCUGAAAAAAAGCUGCAGCACGCAUUUGCGCACCUAAGACUUUGUGGAGGAAGGAAGACAUUUCUGGAGCAUUUUAAAGAUGUCCAAGAAGCAAGCUCCAUUAUGUAAUUAUUUUUGGUGUUCCUCCGCCUCCAAAAAAAACGUCAGACUGAGUCGGAACCACAAAAGAAAAGAGUAUUCGCGGAGAAGUGGCUGCAGGAGGUCAGCUGGCAUCAAACAAGCGAUGAACGCACAGAGAUGUGGUGCAGAUUAUGCUGUGAAAAUCCCACCCUCGCAGACAAAAACAGCGCCUUUUGCAUAGGCACUAGUGAUGUGUCGGUCGCGAACGAACCGGCUCUAAGAGCCGGCUCUUUGAAGUGAACGACGGGAGCUGGCUCGUCAUUGGGAGCCGCCCCCUCCCCUCUUGCUUUGGUGAAAGCUACAGGCGAUUGGUCAACAUGUGUAACUGCGUGUCCAGACUGUCCACACACAGAGCAGUGGGGGCGGGGAAGAGGGAGGAUCAGACUCAGACACACAGCAAAGUACAUGCGGGUGGAGGGAGACGAGAGGGAAUGAGGAAAAAGGCGAGAGAGAGAGAGAGGAGAGUGCGACGAAGACGGUGAGAAAAUGAGCACCAGCAGUUGGAAAGUGGAGAUUUCUUAAAGUGUUCAGUUAUUAAAUCCAUAGAAAUGAUAAAUAUUUGAUAUAUUGCAUUUUUUACAUUAGUAAAUCAUUUAACAUAUAGUUUUGCAUUAUUUUGGUUAUAAAUGUACUCUACGCAACUGAAAAUCUGAGGAGCCACUUGGGAGCCGAAAGAGCCGGCUCUUUUUGGUGAGCUGAGCCAGAAGAACCGGCUCUCUAAAAAGAGCCGGAAUUCCCAUCACUAAAAACUUCAAUCAUCCAGCGUUUGAUAAACAUACUAACAGCAGAGAACAUCAGAAAGUUGUUCGGGAAGUCAUUAAUGAAGCUGAACGCAGUCAGGAUCAUGAUGAGGAUGAUGAGAGUCUGUAGAAAUAAAAACGGCAUUUUUGCCAUUUAAAAAACGUCAGUGCUCUGAAAUAGUAAUUUUGUUAAGUGCUUUAAAAUUUAUUUUUAUUUGAUUUUUGUUUUCACAAAAGCAGCUGUUUACACAUUGUGUUUUACAUUCAGACAAUUCAGUCAUGUUAUUUGAAAAUUAGGUUUAAGUUAAGCUGGCAAUAUGUACCUGUUGUACUUAUUGUUUUCAGACAAAAUUAAAAUAGGUUGCAUCGUCAACGCGUUACUCUGUUUUGUUCCUAUUGUGAGUUGAGUAAAGAAUUAAGUGCAUAAAAAAAUGUGAGGACCAAGCAACAACCAUAGGUUCUCCCCUGAGUACCAACCCAAAAAUAUUAUGUGCACCCCAGGCUAUACAAAUACAGGCCAUUUAGUUAUUUCAUAUAUUUUAUUGGGCUUAUAAGGCACCUGUGAUUUCCAUCUUGAAAAGUGCUACCCCUUAAACUUUCUUCUUCAAGGUUGUGUGAUGAUGUAAUCCUACACCAUCCUUGUUGGGAACAUGAAACAUGCUUACCAGACAAAACCAUCAAUCAGAUAAGACGAGCCACAAAACAAACAUGUACAUUAGAAGUGUGUAACAUCACACAUCAGCAAUGCCUCAGAGAGAGCCUUCGGUCCUGUUUCCCACUGUGAGAUGUUGGUAGUCCCUUAUUUUCUGAGACGUUUUGUAGUUUGAGCACCUCAUCAUGAAGUACCGUACGGUGGUUAUGUACAUGGAGAUCGGCUGCUUUGUGUCCUGCCUGUGUGGUUGGAUCCUUGUGUGUUCCACUCUCCCCACAGAGUACUGGUCGUUCUCUGAGGGGAGCAGCGUUGUGAUGACCACUUCCAACUUCUACUCCAACCUGUGGAGGGACUGCAUCUCGGACACCACGGGGGUGUCUGACUGUAAAGACUACCCUUCAUUGCUGGCCCUGCCUGGAUUCCUUCAUUCCUGCAGAGCACUUGCGAUCUGUGCCGUCAUCACCGGUUUCUUUGGCAGUGUCCUCACCCUAAUUGGUAUGAAGUGCACUAAAAUUGGCGGGACGGAGAUCAUCAAUUCAAGAGUAACAUUUUCUGGUGGUGUAACCUACAUUUUUUCAGGAUUCUGUGGUAUGAUCACGUACUCUUGGUGGGCCAACAGAAUCAUCACAGAAUUUGUGGAUCCAAACUUCAAGAAACAAAAAUUUGAACUAGGCGCUGCAAUUUUUGUUGGCUGGGGAGGAGCCAUUCUUCUGAUUGGAGGAGGUGCAGUGUUGACUUUCUUCUCUGGAAAAGAUGGACUUCAAUCAAGAAAUCCUUCCAACAGAACCUAUGGACCUGCGUCUUACGUCACGGCUCGCACCAAACGGACCUACAUGCAGCCACCAUCAUCCAGAGUGACUUUGGUACCUCCACUGAAUUAUUCAGCCAGGAUUCAGACCACCAGAGCAACAACAAAGACCGGUCAUGCAUACAGUCGGGAUACAUUUGUCUGAGCCAGAGACAAACUCAACGCUUUAAUGUGGGUUGAAGUGUAGCGCAGUUAGCUUAGCAUAAACACUGGAGUCAGGUAAACAACAGAUGUUGCACUGUCUGAAGGAUUCCUCAUCUCCUCCUCUUUUUUACCCGGGAAACUACUUGAUGAAGCAUCUUGCCAGAGUCAUGGUCUUUCACGAAGUUCUAGCCAACAGUCGAGUCUGGUGUUGCUGAAAGAAAUAAAACAUAAACGUUACAGUCUGCGCAAAUUCAAUAAAGAGACAAAACUAGAAGAGUAAUCGUUUGUUACAUCAGUCUAGAUAGUCUACAUCUAAAAUUAUUGACUUUUUGGGGAAAUCAUUGAACAGUUGUUGCAGUACAGUAUUUUCCCUGGUGAUAGGGGACAGUACAUACCUAAAUCAUACCAAGCAAGCUAGCAUAUUUGUGUUCGAGUAAGACCUUAUCUACGGAUAGCCAUUAGGGUCCAAAAUCACCGGCGGCGCAAUUAUUUAACGAGUACUUUGUCAGAUCGUUUAACCUCCAGCAGACAAUCACAUCAGACUCCCUUUCAUCACUGGCAAUGAGCAAAUGGGUAAAUGUGUAAAACAAUGUUUACGAACAUUUUGUUACUGUUUGUUACAAAUCAGUAAAUGCAUCUUGUCUUCACAGCCUCCUGUAGAAGGAAACAUGGCGUAUAACAUGGCUUCGCCCAGAGACUUAGGCCAUGUAUUUUAGACUCCAUUUUUAUGGUUAUGUUACUAAGCUGCCAAUAAUUUUUAACAACUGGGCAUCAUUUAAUUCAUUUUCAACAACAUUUUGAUGGAUGUCUCUUGAGAAUAAAGGUAAAAACUACACAUUGUCUCUUUAAAGCCGCAGCUGCUAACAAAGAUACGCACGAGUCAUCACUGCAUGUUGCUGGUAUCAGCCGUGCUUUCAACUGACUUAUAAACAGGUGCACAUACAUUCAAUCAAAUUUUUAACAGUUGUUAAAGAAUCUAGACCUUCUUCUGAAUGGACUUAAAUUGAUCUCAUUGGUUUGUCUAUUGAUCUAAAUUUUCCUGUGACUUUCUUAGACAGAUGCUUCAGAGCAUGUCCAAGGCAUAUGCAAAUUAUGCGACUGCUUUGGGCCCCCAAGGGCACCAAGAAGACACGAGGAAAAAUGUUUUAAUAACUUUAAAUAAUACAAACUAAAUACUUUCAUUCUAUCUAUCAUGCUGCUGUUUACAACUCGCUCGCAGCAACCAAAGACAUAACGCUCUUGCGCAUGCACAGCUGUCUAGGCAAGUUCUCGUUGUGAAGGACGGGUACCGAAACAAGGUACCGUUUCAAAUGAAGUGAAUCGGUGCUCGCUCGGUACUGUGGAAUUCGGUCUGUACCUUAAAAAGUACCGAAUUCGGUACCCAUCCGGUAGAUGACAACAUGAUUGUUCCAUACGUUCCUAACCGAGCACUUCACUCUCAGACUGCAGGUCUACUGGUGGUUCCCAGAAUAUCUAAAAUUAGGAUGGGAGGCAGAUCUUUUAGUUAUCAGGCUCCUCUCCUGUGGAACCAGCUCCCAGCUUUAGUCUGUGAGGCGGGCACGUUGUCUAGCACACUGCUGCUAACCACUUAAACAUUCUCCUUCUCCUGAUAAUAACUUUUUGCUUUCCUUGACGUUGGAUGUGCUAAUCCGUUUAAUUAUAGAU